AUGGCGGCCAUCUCAUCAGCCAUCAAGGGCGUCUCCACGACAAUCUACUCAAAUCUCUUUGUCGAACUUCCAGUCCAAAAAGGCGACCUAACUGGACAGACAAUCAUUGUGACGGGCUCAAAUCAAGGUCUCGGCUAUGAAGCUAGUCGUCAUUUUCUACUCUUCGGAGUCGAACGCCUAAUCAUGGCUGUGAGAAAUCUUGAAAAGGGUGAAGCUGCACGACUAAAACUCCUCGAGGACACUGGCCGUGAUCUGGGCUCUAUUGAGGUUUGGGAACUUGACAUGGAUAGCUACAGUUCUGUCAAGAAAUUUGCUACUCGAGUGGAGACUCUGCCACGGCUUGAUGCCCUUCUGGCAAAUGCUGGUCUUGCGACAACCACGUUCAGCUUGUCAGAGGACAAUGAGAGAACCAUCACCGUCAAUGUGGUCAGCACGUUCUUGUUGAUUCUCUUACUUCUACCAAAACUGCGCGAGUCUGCAUCUAAAUUCAGUAUCCGUCCUCGUGUAUCGAUCGUCAAUUCAGCCCUGCACUAUAUUGCGCCCUUGGCAGAGAUCGAUGUUACCAAUCAAGCCAGCAUAUUCUCCCGACUAAAUAAUAAGGAGACUGCAAACAUGAAUAUGCGGUAUCCAUUGUCAAAACUCCUGGUGCUCUUCGCGGUUCGAGAAUUAGCCAAACGCCUGGAAGAAAGGAAAGGAUCAUUGAUUGUCGUCAACACGCCUAAUCCCAGCUGGUGCAAAUCUCAGCUCAUGCGAGAGAAUGAAAGCUUCGGUCUACGCCUGGGUGAACGUAUGAUGGCGCGCAGCACCGAAGAGGGCAGUCGUGCUUUGGUUCAUGGGAUCCUCUCUGGGAAGGAGAGCAAUGGACAGUAUAUUGACAAUUGUCAAGUGAAGAGCCCAGCUUGUACUGUGACCAACUCGAAAGGAGCAAAGAUCCAAGAGGCGUUCUUCAAUGAGCUUAUCGAGAAGCUUGAGAAAGUGGCGCCCGGUAUUAGCCUAAAUAUCUAG